AUGUCGGACGGUCCGUCAAUGACGGACGUCGCUGUUGUACCAAAGUUCUAUACGGGAUCGGACCACCGCCUCCUCCGAGGAAGAUUUUCCUUCACAAGGAAAGAAGAGAAAGCCGUCAAGUUCAGAGAGAGAAAUCCCGAAACUGUCAUCAACUGGGACCUCUUCGCUACGCUAGCCGGCUUUUGGGAAGAUUUCGCAAUGGACAACAUCGACGAGGAAUAUGACCGGCUCGUUGAACAGGGAGAUCCACAUGACAUCGGCAACUAUCGCCCAAUGUGCUUACUGUCCGUCAUCUACAAGCUCUUUACAAGAGUGAUCCUUAACAGGAUUGAAAAAGUCUUGGAAGAAGGACAGCCAUGCGAGCAAACAGGGUUUCGAAAAGGCACGAUUGACCACAUUCACGCUGUUUCGAAAAAGUACAAGAUGCCGCUCUGUCUUACCUUCAUCGACUUGAAGAAGUCCUUCGACUCAGUUGAGACGGAAGCGGUCGUGGAAGCCUUGGACAACUAA